GGGCACGGCCCGGGCCGCGGCCCCGCUCCACCCGAGCCCCCCGGGAACGGCGGCACGGCCCAGGACAGGCUCCGUCCGCCCCGGCCACCGGGGAAGCGAACAGAGGCGGCCCGGCCCGGCCCCGCACACCGCCCGGCCUCUCUCACUCACCCGCGGCCGCCCCUCAGCCCCGGCCCGGCCAGCGCCCGGCCCGCCCCGGGAACCGCCGGCCCGGAAGAGUUUCCCCGGCUCCCGGCGGGCGCAGCGCUGGCGGAGGCGGGGCCGGGCGGUGCCGGAGGAGCCCGAGCCCGGCAGUGCCGGCUGAAGCCCCGUUCGCCCGGCCCGGCCCAAGCCCCGUUCGCCCGGCCCGGCCCGGCCCGGCUCGCUGCCCCGGCGAUGGCGCAGGCGGCGCUGGGCGCGGCGGGGCUGCACUUUGACGAGCUGAACAAGCUGCGGGUGCUGGAGCCCGAGGUGGCGGCGCAGACGGCGCAGCUCCGCGAGGAGUGCCGGGCCUUCGUGGACAAAACAGCAGAAUUUCAGAAAAUAGUGGGCAGCUUGGUUGAGCUCGUUGACCAACUGGCCAAAGCUGCAGAAAGUGAGAAGAUGAAGGCCAUCGGGGCACGGAACCUGCUGAAGUCGAUCGCAAAGCAGAGGGAGGCUCAGGAGCAGCAGCUCCAGGCUUUGAUAGCUGAGAAAAAGAUGCAGCUGGAAAGGUACCGGGUCGAGUACGAGACUCUCUGCAAAAUCGAAGCGGACCAGAAUGAAUUCAUUGACCAGUUCAUCUUCCAGAAAUAGAGGAUUUUAGGAUAAAAACCAACCCACAUGGAAACUUGACCAGAAUCUCGAGAAUUUCAGAAAUAUGCAAUUUCCACUGAGCAGGAGUGCAGAUGGUUUGUACAGUGGAGGGGCUGUACCUCGGUUUGAGUGUACCGUGGCAAUAAGGAGGGCUGACAGCUCACACCUGCACAGACUGUUCUGGCCUUUGAUUUUAUACCAGUUUUGUAUAGUCAGUAGUUCUAAUUCAAAUUACAGUUGAAUUAAUGCUACUGGUGCUUUGUUUUGUCGCUUUUUGAAGUCUACAGCUCUUUCAUAGAAAUCACAAAAUAAAUUAUUCUUCUCAGGCUGUCUGGCUGUACCAGAA